AUCUGGUUCCUAAAAACAUCCCCAAAAUGCUUGUGGGAAAUGAGAAAACCAUAUCCGUCGCAGAGAUCCUCCUUGCCUUUGCUGUCUUCUUCUUAUUCCUGAUCAUCCUCAGAUCCUUCCGGAAGCAAAUACCUCCUGGACUGAGGAGACCUCCUGGACCAAUAGGGUACCCUUUGAUUGGAAACAUACUAGAAGUGGGGAAGGAUCCACAUUUGAGUCUCAGCCAGAUGAAGGAGAAAUAUGGGGAUGUGAUGAAGAUACACAUCGGCGUGACACCCGUGGUGGUCCUGAGUGGUCUGGAGACCAUCAAGCAGGCCUUGUUGAAACAAGGGGAGGUAUUCAUGGGACGGCCUGACCUCAAUACAUUUCGUAUCCUUGCUGAGACCCAGAGCUUUAUCUUUGGGAGGGAUUCGGGGGUCAUGUGGCACGCUCGCAAGAAAAUGGUGCAGAAUGCCUUGAAGACCUUCUCUAGCUCUCCCAGCCUCACUUCUCCCUCCAUUUGCCUCUUGGAGGAACAUGUCUCCCAAGAAGCCAGCUACCUGGUCAGCAAGUUCCUGCAGGUGAUGAAGGAAGAGGGCAGGUUCGAUCCUUUCCAGUACAUGGUAGUCUCUGUGGCCAAUGUCAUUUGCGCCCUCCUGUUUGGGAAGCGCUACAAUCACGGCGAUGAGGAAUUACUCAGCAUUACCAGCAAACUGGAAGAAAUUGUGAAAAUAGCUAGUUUGGGAAACCUAGCUGAUUUCAUCCCAGGGUUGCAGUAUCUUCCUUGGAUGUCCUUGAAAAGGUUUAAGACCUUACCCAGGAGCAUCUAUGGUGUGUUUGCACAGAAACAUGUCAACAACCACUACGAGACAUUCAGCAAGGAUCACAUCAGGGACAUCACCGAUUCCUUGAUUGCGCAAAGCCAAGAGAAGAAAUUGGUGGAAAAAAACAACAUUCAGCCUCCUGAAAAGGAGAUACUUAAUCUUGUGAAUGAUCUUCUCGGAGCUGGUAAGCCUCCCUCUUUCCAGUCUUGGGGGAAGAGGUUUGUUGUUUGUUGUUGUGUGCCUUCAAGUCAUUUCCAACUUAUGGUGACCCUAAUGCAAACCUAUUACAGUUGGCCCUUUGCAUUUGCAGUUUUCACUUUUGUGGAUUGAUUAUUUUCAAAUUGGAUUAAUAUGUUCUCUCCAGGAAUCUCCAGAGUAACUUUGCCAGACAUUGACCAUAAAGUUGUGCUGGAGAACUCAGAAGGUCCUACAGAAAA